CAGCCAGUGCAGUUAAAGUCCUCCAGAUUACCUCACAUAAACCCAUUCUUCCAAACCAGUGAAACAGCUCUUCACACGAGAGCACUUCACUUCAGACUAGAGAAAACUGCGGUGUACAAGCAGACACAACUCUCCUAAAGGGUGUACUCACACCUGUCUUGCCUUUAACACUGACCAAUCGGGAAAUUUAGAGCAAACAUUAAGGCAAUUAAAAUGAAAAUACAGUCACGCCUGUCUACAGAACAGCACUCCUCACCUGUCCGCGAAUAGAUCGGAUGGCAGCGAAAGUAAAAAGAAGAGUCAGUGGCGGAAUGAGAGUCCGACCCACAUCCACACCUGUUUCACAAUAUUGAAGGGCUUGUCUGGUCAUGAGUGGUUGACACCUUUCUUUGGGAAUACCAAUCAAUGCAAACCAAAGCUGUUAUUAGCAAGUGCGAUCCUUUAAAAGAUGAGCGCCGAGAGGAUCAUCUUAUUUUCAGGACACAUAUUUUUCCGUGUUGUUUGGCGGCUCUCGUUGCGUCCACAGCUUUAGUUUUCGCCUGUGGAGGGAAGAUGACUUUCUACGAUGGCAUUUACCCGUUCUACUCGCUACAAAGGAGCCCGUUCAUCUUCGACAUCAGCCUGCUGGUGGUGAUCCUGGUUUUCUCGGUUCUGGCUGUCAGCUUCCUCUUCAUUCUACCGGGAAUACGUGGCAAAUCAAGACUGUUCUGGAUGUUCAGGAUAAUCAUUAGUUUAUUUAUUGGAGUUGUUUUAGUAGGUGAGUAUUCCCAGUAUUUUUCAAUAAUCGUCAAUAUUUAUGGUCCACUUUUCAAGAAGAUUAUGACUCCAAUUCAGGUUUCAUGGGUUCUUUCAAUAUCCGUUCCAACAGGCGAACCAGUAUCGCAGAUAAAUGAGACCAUUGACUACAACGAGAUCUUCAGGUGGUCGAGCAGUGUGGAUGAGCAGUACGGCGACGCGCUGGAGCGAGGUCUUCCCAACCCCAUCCUUUACAUCGCAGAGAAGUUCACUCGCAACAGCGCUUGCGGCCUCAUCUACCAGUACAGAUACUCAGGCCGCUUCGCCUCAGCCAAUCUGUGGACGGCUUUUUGCUGCUGGCUCGUGGCCAAUAUCCUCUUCUCAAUGCCUGUCAUCCUCUACGCCGGGUACAUGAUGAUAGCCACGGCCGCUUUCAUCUUCUUCUCCAUGGCUUCCUUCUCAACUAUAUUCAAUGUGACCCCAUGUGACUUCAGUGUAGGUGCCGAGUCCUUAAGUACAGAUUACAGCCAUUCCUUCUGGAUCGCUUUGGCUACAGGUUUGCUGUGCGUUGUGAUUGGUUUGGUGGUGGUGCUACUGGACUGUCUGUUUCCUGUAAUUAUGUGA